AUGCAGGACUUCCCCCGGGACAAUUACAGCUCUGUGUCUGAAUUCAUCCUUCUGGGCUUUUCCAGAGAUGCCCAAAUUAAUGUAAUUCUCUUCAAUGUAUUCCUCUUCCUCUACCUCUGUACACUCCUGGGUAACGGACUUAUCGUCACAUUGAUUCACCUGGACUCUCGCCUCCACACACCCAUGUACUUCUUCCUCAGUGUCCUCUCCAUGCUGGACAUGAGUUACGUCACCACUACUGUGCCUCAGAUGUUGGUGCAUCUGCUCUGCCAGAAGAAAACUAUCUCUUAUGCUGGCUGCGUGGCCCAGAUGUGCAUUUUCUUGGUCUUGGGCAUUACUGAGGGCUGGCUUUUCUCUGUCAUGUCCUACGACAGAUAUGUAGCCAUCUGCCACCCACUCAGGUACAAAGUUAUCAUGAGCCCAUGGCUAUGCGGGGCAAUGGUGGUCUUUUGUGGGCUGUGGGGCAUCAGCUGUUCCCUAGUCUACACUGUCUUCACCAUGCGCCUGCCCUAUUGUGGCUCAAAUGAAAUCAACCACUUCUUCUGUGAGGUUCCUGCUGUCUUGAAGCUGGCUUGUGCAGACACCACUCUCAAUGACCGGAUCGAUUUUAUCCUGGGCUUUAUCCUCCUCCUGAUACCUCUCUCCUUCAUUCUGGUCUCUUACGUUCGAAUCUUUACCACCAUUUUGAAAAUCCGCUCAACUCAGGGUCGGCUUAAAGCCUUUUCCACCUGUGCAUCCCAUAUCACAGUGGUCACCAUGUUCUGUGGACCUGCCAUGUUCAUGUACAUGAACCCUGGAACCAAUGCCUCUCCAGAAAGGGACAAGAAAUUAGCCCUGUUUUAUAAUGUCAUUUCCGCCUUUCUCAAUCCAAUCAUCUACAGCCUCAGAAACAAAGAUGUGAAGAGGGCUUUCCUAAAGGUAACAGGCUGGGGCAGGAGCACUGAGUGA